ACAUUCGCUUUGAGUGGCCAGAACGCGGGCAGGUUGGGUGACGUCGCGGGGACUCACGCUGCGUGAUUUUCAGGCGUCAUCAGGUUGUUGUAACUUUGCUCAGUGAGACUGGGAGGAACAUUUAAUUAUUUUAACAAAGUCGACUAAAAAGUUUUGGACUCCGGUCGGUUCAGCAGAUGCCGGGUUUUCGUUUGCGCUGAAAGUAUUCAGAGAUCCUCCUCGGUCUGACCUCCCCGGCUGUCCAAUGCUUCUGCAUCAGUACAUGAACGGAUCCCUGGACGUCAUGCAUCCCACAUCGCUUCAGAAAGACACCACCUUUACCAAAAUCUUUGUGGGGGGGCUCCCGUACCACACGAACGACGCCUCGCUGAGAAAGUACUUCGAAGCCUUUGGGGACAUUGACGAGGCCGUGGUGAUAACGGACAGACAGACCGGCAAAUCCAGAGGAUACGGCUUUGUGACCAUGACGGACCGAGGAGCAGCAGAAAGAGCCUGCAAGGAUCCAAACCCCAUUAUUGAUGGCAGGAAGGCCAAUGUCAACCUGGCUUACUUGGGUGCCAAGCCCAGAAGCAUACAGACAGGCAUAUCCUUGGGAGUCCAGCCCGUUCACCCAGCGCUCAUCCAGAGGCAGUAUGGGUUAACCCAGCCGUUCAUCUACCCACAAGCAUAUGUGCAGCCCACCCUGGUGCUGCCCACUCAGGUUUCCUCUUCUGUCAGCACUAGCCCCUACCUGGACUACAGUGCAGCCUACGCCCAGUACGCCCAGGCCGCCUUCGAGCAGCAGUACCCAUACGCCGCCUCCCCAGCCAGCUUCCUGAGCUACAACUACGCCACCAGCCCCACGGCUGCCGCCGCCGCCGGCCCGCCUGCCGCCACCACCGCUCCUGCCACCGUGCACCCCACCCUUCCCUCUGCCACCGGCCCGGGAGCAGCCUUCCUGCACUACACCCCGCAGCAGCACAUCCAGCCGGACCGCAUGCAGUGAGCGGAGAGGGGUGUGGGGCAGGCAAGAGGAGGGGAGGAGGUUGUGGUCACUCGCUUUUUUAAAAAAAAAUUUUUUAGGGGGGGGGGCAUUGGACUUCAUACCCCCCCCCCCCCCCCCCUUUCCUCCUCCUUCCCCUCCUUCUCCACCAUGGUGCUGUGGUCAGCAGCACCUUUCAGGUAAAAAGGGUGGGACUCUUGCACUAUCCCAUCAGGAUGAGCUCUGUGCUCACUGGGAAUGAGGGUAGGGGGGCAGUUGGAGUUCAGGUUGUGAAGCUAAACAACAUACAGUAUGUGGUCACUUCCAAGGGCUUCCAGAAGGUCACACUUUGCUUUUUCAUUAUUAUUAUUUUAUUACUAUUAUUAUUAUUGUUGUUGUUGUUGUCCUGUUUUAUAUUAUUAAUGUCAUCGUCUGUUCAUCAUUUUCUCCAUGACCCGCCUCAGAGGUACUUACUGGGAGCUAUCCUGCCAGUCUGAAAUACCUGUGUUGGAUAAGGUGGACACCCCUGCUGCAGGACAUGGCGAGGGGGGGCAUUUUGUAUGAAUGAUGGGGAGAUGGAAGUGGAAACAUCUGGCUUUGCAGCAUUUCACCCCAUGAGCAACCCCCCUCCCCUCCCAGCAUUGAGCUCCACGACCAGAGAUUGCACCUCACGGACUCCAAAAGUUCACCUGUGACACACAGAAGUACCAGAACUGCAUGAUUUUUCUUUUUUUUUCAUUAUUCGCUCUACUCAAGAGGCCUUAAUUUAAAAAAGUGAAACUCGUUUUGGGAAUUUCCAACCGCACCCCGCCCACUGCAGAGCCAGGAGCACAUGGCCCCCCUUGGCUCAACAUCACAUGGAUGUGACUUGAGGUGGGACUAGUUCAAGAGGCAGUAGAUAAUCACAGUGGAGGGGCUUUUGUGUAUCAAUGAGAAAAGGUAGCUGACACUGAGCUUCUAUAUCAGUGUUUUAUUUCUUUUUUUUUCUCAGAUUGUCAAUAAAGUGUUUCUUCUGACUUUUAUGUACAGCAUUUUAAGAUGUCAGUCAUCGUGUACAACUUACAAUAUUUAUAUGUAGGUAUUUAAAAGAGGUACUAAAUUAAAAUAGCUUCUUUUUUUAAUGUUCAUUUUAGGGGUGGCUCUGAAGCCAUUUAACAUUGCUGCAGAUACACACAUUCUUUGUCCUGUUCUAUAUAUAUAUAUAUAUAGAUAUACAUAGAUAUCUAUAUAUAUAGAUUGAUUUUUUUUUUUUUUUUAACUUUUGUUUUUUCCACAAUGAAUGUCUUUUACAGUUCCUUCAAACAAGCCAUACCAAAAAAAAGAAUAAAAGGAUUUGUAUUUAAAGGAGA